CUUCUUCGUUACACUGUUUAUGCCUCCUCGAGAAGAAACCAUGUUUUCAUUCGCUGUAGUUUUUUUCAGUUUAACUUUAACUUCGGCUUUAGUCAAACUUGAGCCUGGUGGGGACUCUUCGUACGUCGCUGCUGUGUACGAGCAUAGUGUGAUCCUGAACCCGGAGCCCCACGUCCCCCUCUCUCGCUCCGCCGCCCUGCAGCAUGUGCAGAAAAACCUGGAUAUCUACGAGGAGCAGGCUGCACGCGCCGCUCAGCAGGGGGUCCAGAUCCUGGUUUUUCCAGAAGUUGGUCUCCAGGGGUUCAACUUCAGCCGUUCAUCUAUCUCGGGUUACCUUGAAACAAUUCCUGACCCCCAACAAGAGAGCUGGAACCCCUGUACAGAGCCAGAGAAAUACAACAACACUGAGGUUCUCCAGCAGUUGAGCUGUAUGGCUCGUCAUAAUAACCUCUACAUUGUGGCCAAUAUGGGUGACCGGCAGCCCUGCCCUCUGACCACUGAUCCCACCUCCUCCUGUCCCUCUGAUGGACACUGGCAGUUCAACACUAAUGUGGUUUUCAGGUCAGAUGGCCUGCUGGUGGCUCGCUACCAUAAAUACAACCUUUUCCACGAGGAGUCUUAUGACACUCCACCACAGCCUGAGAUCAUUACAUUUGACACACCUUUUGCUGGGAGGUUUGGCCUGCUGAUCUGCUUUGACAUCCUCUUUCACGAGCCCACAAUAACCUUGGUUGAGAAGGGUGUGCGUCAGCUGAUCUUCCCCACAGGCUGGAUGAACCUGCUUCCUCUACUGGACUCUGUCCAAUUCCAUCGAGCGUUCAGCUUGGGUGCCAAUGUCACUCUGCUAUCAGCCAACCUCCGCCAUGAUAAACUUAACAUGAGAGGAAGUGGUAUCUACACCCCUUUUUCUGCCACCUACCACCAUGCACAGAGAGGAGACCCAGAGGAGGGCAGGCUGCUGGUGGCCAGGGUGCCAGUCUUAGACCCAGAGUGGAGGGUGGAAGGGGUGUCCACGUCAUCUGCAGCUGCAGACUCUGGAUUCUGUGACAGUGGGAGCUGCUCUGAUUCAUCUCUAGUCCCUCCAUCAUCUGACACUUUCACUUCAUCCAUGAUGAACGACACCUUCACAUUUGUCCUCUUGAACGGGACAGAGGGCAGAGUUAAAGUGUGUGAUGGCACCUUUUGCUGUCACCUGCAGUACCAGCGGUAUCCACAGGGUGGCAGUGAGGAGCUGUAUGCACUGGGAGCAUUUUCUGGGCUGCACACUGCUGAUGGACGCUACGCCCUGCAGGUGUGUGCACUUGUCCGUUGUGCAGGGUUGGACCCAAGCUCCUGUGGACAGAUAGUGGAAGAGGCUGAGUCAAAAAUUGACUUCUUGUUAGAGGGGAAGUUUGGAACCAGAUACGUGUACCCAUCAGUUUUGGCUAGCAGGAUGGUUCUGGAGGAUCCAAAGCAUUUUGAAAAAGCUGCAGAUGGAAGAGUGACCAUGAAACACUCAGACAUGACUGCUGGGCUGAUCACUGCCUGCCUGUAUGGACGGAUGUAUCACCUAGACAAUGAAUGAAUUGCUUUGAGACCGUGUGUGUCUCAACUGUAUUCAAGUAUAAUGAGCAAGGCUUUUGCAUGGCUUGACCGUUAAAAUAAAUCUGCUCAACCUUUGUUUGUUUAAUGAAACACACAUUGCAUUAAAAAUAUGUAUCUAGGACUUUUUUUUUCAAACAUGUCACUUUCAUAUUCAUCCUAGAAGUUUAUUAUUCCAAAAAAGGAAAAUGUCAUGAAUAUCUCGACGGCAUGUCUGUGUUCAACAACGGCUAAACGUGUCAGAGUCUAAAUUGUCCUCAUAUAAGUCUAUUUUUUUCAAACAUUAAUAUAAAGAUUAUCUCUGAUCAUGCUGAUGCUGUUGGUAGAACAUUCUUAUUUCUACGGACCAGAUGUUGGCUGGCACUUUAAAAACGGCUCCCUGUUCCCUCUCUGUUAAUUUACAGUGUCCUUUAAUGUGGUCCGCAACACAAAUGUUGACCAUGUGAAAUGUUGUGAAUUGCCCUUCAGGGCCACCAUAAUUUCCAGUUCCCUAUCAUAAACGUUUUUAAAAGCUG